CCCUUCCUUGUAAAGAAAACUAUAAUAAAUUAUCAGCUUUUCCCCCUCUAAAGCUUUCUUUUUCAUAUACCAUAGAAAAAUGGAGAGCCAAACAACUGUAAACGAAGAAUCCAGGAAUCUAUCGCCGUGCAGCAGUGGAAGAAGAAGCAGUGCAAGCAGUCAUGCAAGUUCUCCCGAAUUCGAGUUCUGGAUGGUUCGAAAUCCGGCUUUUCCUCAACCUGAUCUCAUAUCCGCUGAUAAACUCUUCAUUAAUGGCUUUCUCCGUCCUCUCCAUCUCCUGAACAACAAACAACCUGAAGAGAGCCCAAAAACCGAGAAGAAGCCACCCGCAUCAGAACCAUCGGUACCCGACCCAGAGCCUGAACCUAGCCCUUUUGUAACAUCCGACCCGACUCCUGCCUUAUCACCUUCGAAACGGUGGAAGGAUAUUUUCAAGAAAGAAAAGGGCAAGAUCGGAUCCAAAAAUCAACAAGACAAGGAUAAGGAGAAAGAGAAGAAGAAAGAAAAGAAGAGUCAGAGUCAAAGAGGAGGGAGUCCAGCUGAGUUGAAUAUAAAUCUAUGGCCUUUUUCGAGGAGUAGAUCCGCAGGUACGAGCGGGACCCGACCCAGAAUGACUGCCUCCUCGGCGGGUGCCCGGAAAGUGAGUAGCGCUCCAUGUUCCCGUAGCAACUCAGCCGGUGAAUCCAAGUCGAGAAAAUGGCCGAGCAGUCCCAGUAGGGCAGGGGUCCACUUGGGGCGAAGCAGCCCGGUUUGGCAGGUUCGUCGUAGUGGUUCCGCUGUUAAGAGCUUCGAUGCUUUGAUCCGGACCGCUGACAAGGGCAGCGGUAAAAAGGAAGUAACUGAAACUCGUCGCGAUAAAACCGGUAACGGUAGCAUCAAUAAUAACAAAGCGAAAGUUUUGAAUGUGAACGUGCCAAUGUGUAUCAGGUAUAAGCAUCAUUUGAAUUGUAGAAUCGACGAUAAUACUGCCGCAGUUGCCGGUAUUAGUACCCACCGAAGUGGCGGCAGCGAUGGAAAUGGUAGAAGCAGCGGACCUAACGUUGGAAGUGGUAAUAACUUUUUUAAUUUGCGUAAUCUCUUCACUAAAAAGGUUUAUUAACCCUCUGUAAACUUAGAU